AUGGCUGCCCCGCACUCGCACUCCCCACACGACCCCGCGAACAGUGCGCAGGGGCUGCCCCCCGCCGCCUUCGACGACUUCCAGCUCUUUAACCACGCCCACCAUGCGGCCCUACCGCCCCCGCCCCCGCUUCCACCGUCCAACGACCUGUUCUCGGCCUCCGAGACCACAGACCUCUUCGGCUUCCUCGAGAACUUCGACUGGGAUUUCAAUCUAGACCCCCAGCUGCCGGACGCUACACAGGAUCCUCUCUACCACAGCCCGCUGCAAGAGACAGCACCUCCAGGGCUAGACCAGCUCUCCCCCUCGUCCUCCCUGUUCGCCUCGCAACAGGAUCCUCGGCAGCAGCAACACCUCCAGCAGUACUCCCAGCAGCAUGUACAGCAGCCCACGUACAUGCAGCCCCAGCAGCAGGUGGAUACGAAGCCACCCAUGCCCGCACGAAGUCGGUCUCGUUCCUCCUCCGCCUCUCCGUCCUCCAGGGAGACCCCUGGCGCAGGCGCACCCUCCCGCGUCAAGCCUCCCCUCUCCACGCCGCAGAAACGCCUCAACCAUAUCAUGUCCGAGCAGAAGCGGCGGAACGCCAUACGAGACGGCUAUCUGCAGCUGACUACGCUGCUCGCUCCGGCAGGGGCACCGCCGGGCUCAGGAAUGCCGACCAGGGGGCGUCCGAAGGGCAGCGGCAGUCGCGGGCGAGGCACGAAGGGGAAGAGCGGAAUUCUGUUCCGCGCGAAGGAAUAUAUUCGCUGGCUGGAGGAGGGCCGGGACGCUCUUCGGGAAGAGGUGAUGAAGGUCGAAGCCGCCGCAGGCAUACGGUAGCACCUGCCUUGCCGUCUUACGUCGACUGCUGUAUUGCGUUGUAUCUUUAGGUGCCGUCUUGUAUACCCAAAUUUGCUCCUUCGAGGUCAUCAACCCUAUUGCCGCCGGUAUCCGUCGAGGCGGGACUCGCUUGUACCUCGCUGCUGUGUAUUCUAUAUGUCGUAACGAUUGUCUUUCACACCUGAAAU